UCGUCAUCUGUUGUGAUUCGGCUGAAGAAAGUACAAAGUGUUCAGACACAGAAAAAAACAGCGUUUAUUAAAGAGGAGAGUGAAGACAUGAAGAUUGAAGAAACAUUCAGAGUCAAACAUGAAGAUACUGAGGAACAAACAGCAUUCGGAGUCAAACAUAAAGAAACAGAGGAACAAACAAAGAUGCCAUUUAUUAAAGAGGAGAGUGAAGACAUGAAGAUUGAAGAAACAUUCAGAGUCAAACAUGAAGAUACUGAAGAACAAACAGUCAAAACAGCAGGUUCAACUGUGCGUCAAUGCCCCCACUGCCGGAACAAGAUGAAUUGCCGGAACCGGCGCUGUGUUAAGUGUGGAAAAUUGCUUGAUUUUAAACACAGACAAUCAGUACGUUUGGCAAAGUUUCGUGCUCAAGCCCAACAGUGGGCAACAACAACUAUUAAGUCUCGGAAUCAGUCAAGAGUUCUUGAUAAUUUAACUCUCAUGAUGGAAAAGCUUAAAGCUCUUGGAUAUGUCCCUCUUCUUUUACUGGGGAAAUGUUCCAAGGCCCAAAAUUGGACAGCAGAGGUCCAAUGUCCCCUUGAGUUCCCACCUGAGGGACAUGGUGUGAUGGAAAAAAUUAUCAUACUUUUUGAGCAUAUUUUACAGGCAAAUCACCUGUCAACAUGGCAGCAAAAAGAAAGCGGCAAAAAAGAUGGACGCAGAACAAACAUGUCUGGCCAAAAAAGGACCUGGCAGCAAGUCAAUGGCAGCAGGGCUGGUAAGUGA